AAAAAAGUUCGUUCUCACAUUUUGUGGGACCGAUUUUUUUGGCCUAAGCAUGAGACUAAAACCCUAGCCUCUCGCCGGCGAUUAACUGUCGAAUUUGUUCCCAAAUCCGAUUGAAGUUCGUCAAACUGAAAGUUGCGAAGUAUUUCGACAGAGAUGGACACUGAUUUCGAAUCUUUGCAGAUAUCAUCUCUCAGUGAGGUGGAUGAGGGCAACGUCGUAGAGGAUGCAGACAGUGAUGAAAUUGACGACGAUGAAGAGGACCAGAUUCCUAUGACUUUAGGAUUUGCGGAGGAGCCUAGAAAUCCUUGGUCAUCGCGCCGCCAAUACUUCCCGAGUAAAGCUGGUGGUUCACCGGCAUGGUUGGAUCCCAUUAAUUUGCCUUCGGGAAGAUCCAGUCUUUGUGAUUUUUGCCAUGAGCCUUUGCAGUUUCUGCUUCAGGUUUACGCGCCUUUGCCUGAGGAAUCAACUUUUCACCGAACAUUGUUCGUUUUCAUGUGUUCGUCAAUGCCCUGCCUUCUUCGUGAUCAGCAUGAGCAGUGGAGGCGAUCUCCAGAAGUCCAGUCCAGAAGUAUCAAGGUUUUUCGGUGCCAAUUGCCACGGGUGAACCCCUUCUAUUCUAGUGAGGCGCCUGCUGAAGAUGGGAGCCAGCAGCCAUUGACAGCUGGAGCAAUGCUAUGUGAUUGGUGUCAGUCAUGGAAAGGAGACAAAGUUUGUAGUAGCUGUAGAAGAGUGCGCUAUUGUUCUGGGAAUCACCAGGCUGCUCACUGGCGAUCCAGUAGCUCAAGUCAUAGAGUCCUAUGCCAACAGUUGCAGCCGUCUGGCAUGGAGUCUGAAUUAGCUGCAAGCAAUUUCCUGUGGCCCGAGUAUGAGAUCACAUGUGAGGAUGAGUCUGAAUUUGAUGAGCCAAUAUCCAGUGAAAAUGGAUCUGGUAAUGCAUUGGUUUCUAGAAGCCGGACAGAGGGUUCUGAUGGAAAUCUUAUGAAUAAUUUCCAGGCAUCUGAUGACAACAGUAGUUGGGCAUCUUUCCAAGAGAGAAUAUCUUCAGCUCCCGAACAAGUCUUAAGAUACUCUAGCUCCUCUCAAGCAAAGCCAUUAUGGCCCGUUUCUAGUGGCCGGCCGUCAAGAGCCGAUAUUCCUAGGUGCAACCAUUGUGGCGGCACACGUGCUUUUGAAUUUCAGGUUCUACCCCAGAUACUCUACUUCUUCCAUGUUGAAGACGACAGAGAUUCUAUCGACUGGGCCACCAUCGCCGUUUACACAUGUGAGGCCUCAUGUGAAGGAGGUGCGAGUUACAAAGAGGAAUUCGCUUGGGUUCAACUUGCUAGUCAGUCUAUAUCCCACCAAUGAAUGCUAGUCGUGCUAAGACAAAGUUAGGAAACCACAAACAUGCUAAUAUUCUUUUGUCAGUAAUACAUUGAGUUGCAUCAUCUUUUUAGUUUUUGGUUGAAAGUCGUCGUAUUAGAUUAUUGCAGAGUAGAUUUUUGUAUUUUUUUUAUUUGAGAACACACAUGAAGUUGAUACUCGAGGGCCCUUUAGUAUUUUUUGUUGUGUUCCGAAUAUAUUUAUUAUUCUAUUUUUACA